AUUUAAAUGGCUCGGAUGGGUCGCUUUGGGUCCGGACUCUGGCUCCGGAGAUGCCUCCUUCCCAAAAGAACUUUAACUGCGGCACUUGUAUGCACCUUGUAUUUCUUUUUCACCCAAGUGAACCUCUCUCUCCGGAGCCCCACCUGGACCAGCGGACGGAACCAAAUCGCCCCGAGCGGGGCGUCGAAUUCGGGGGUUUCGAAAGAGGGCUCGGCGGCACCGACCCGCUCCAACGUGGUGUACAUCACCCUCAAAUCCAAGCGCCUCAAGCCGGCUCAGAUUCGCGGCACGGUGCGACCCAAACUGCGGAGGAAAGCCAGAAGCGGCGCGCUUCCGCGUUGGGAUUCGCCGGCCGGAGCGGAACCGGAGCCUCCCGUGAGUUCUAUCCGGAUCUACAGCCGGACUCCCCCGCCGUGGCUGAGCGCGCGCGACGUGGCCACCAUGCGCGCUCUUGCCGGUGCCAAAGUUUUACGCGUCCAACAAGCGCGAGGAGCACCGUGGCCGCUUUUGCUCUUCGAGGGAACCGGGCCGGGGGAGCCGAACGCGGCGUGCGGACUCGCCCGCGCCCCGGGGGACUCGGCGGAGGUGUUCGCCUUCCAUUUGGACCGAGUGCUCGGACUCAACAGGACCUUGCCGGCAGUGAGCAGGAAGUUGGCCUUCCUACACAAUGGCCAGCCCAGUCCAGUGGCAGCGUGGGAGUCGUCUCUGGACCCGGAUGGCGUGAGCCUAACGUGGGCCGAGUACCAGAGGUCUCUCCGGCAGAGAUGCUGGAUUCGUAACGUCGCCCCGAAGCCGGGGUCAGGCUGCUCCGCCGUCCAUCACUACGAAUGGAGCAAAGUGGCGCUAUUUGAUUUCCUGCUACAGAUUCACAACCGUCUGGAUCCCAGCUGCUGCGGGUUCAGCCCCCGGGAGCAGGACGAGUGCCGCGAGCCUGGCCGCCGUUUUGAAUGCACGCGAGGGGACGACGUCCGACUGGCGAACGUGGCGCGCAGGCGUCACGACCCGCGCCGCUUGGUACUCACCGUCAACAAGGGCCACUUUGACCGCGGCGAGGACAACCUGGACUUCCGGGUGCUGGAGGGGAUCAAGGAGCUGCCCGAGAGUGCCGUGGCAGUGCUGAGGAGCGGCAAGCUGCGCGAGAAGCUGCUGCAGUCGCUCUUCCUGGACCGGACGUACUGGGAAAGUCGGGGCGGGCGCCCGGGCAUCGACGAGCUGAUCGACGUCAUCGAGCGGCGGGCCCGGAUUCUGCUCGCGUACGCCGGCGCUCACGGCGUCCUGGCGGUCCGCAUGACCGACUGACGGUGCGGGAACCACGGGUAAACUUUGUCCAGGGGACAAAGUGGCACCUUGCGUCAACACGAAUGUGAGCUGUUCAAACUCGUUCGCAUGUUCUCUACUCCCAAGAUGCGAUUUUUAUGUACGCUAGUGGGCCGCAUUCAUUGAUCAGACAGGCUUGCUCGAGAGUUGACAGAUGGAGUCAAUGGACGGUUGGAUGGAUUGAUAGAUCAGCUUCACGUGGAGUCUGAUAUUCCCAUGAGAAUCCGGUAAGAAGCAAAAAACCUAAGAAAAAUGCUCCAUGUAAACACAAAUAAACGGGCUGAAAAUUGAAUGAAAUUUCAUUCGGUUACACACGGGUAGAUUAUUCCUUUCCUAAAACUGAUGAACAGUCAUGCAAACGAUCUUCUUCUUCUUCUUUUCCUUUCGGCUUGUCCCGACUAGGGGUCGCCGCAGCGUGUCACCUUUUUCCAUCCAAGCCUAUCUCGUGCAUCUUCCCCUCUAACACCCACCGUCCCCAUGUCCUCCCUCACGACAUCCAUCAACCUUUCCUUUGGUCUUCCUCUUGCUCUCUCUUCCUUGACAGCUCCAUCCUCGAACACCCUUCUACUAAUGUACUGACUCUCUCGCCUCUGGACAUGUCCAAACCAUCGUCCAUCCAUCAUGGCCGGCCUCACCACUCUUUUCUAAACUUUGCCCUUCAUCCUAGCGGAGACUCUCCUGUCGCAUAGAGCACCAGACACCUUCCGCCAACGGUUCCACCCCCGCUUGUACCCGUUUCUUCACUUCUUCUUCACCACACUCACCGUUGCUCUGUAUUGUUGACCCCAAGUAUUUGAAGUCAUCCACCCUCGCCAUCUCUUCUCCCUGGAGCUUCACUCUUCCUCCUCCACCCCUCUCGUUCACGCACAUAUAUUCUGUUUUACUUCGGCUAAUCUUCAUUCCUCUCUUUUACAGUGUGUACCUCCAUCUUUCUAAUUGUUCCUCCGCCUGCUCCCUGCUUUACCUGAAUAUAAAAGCCACGCAAAUCGGAAUAAUCGGGCUGCAUUGUUUCUGCUCGUGAUCCGUCACGAUGAAAAUUCCCACUUCAGUCAUCAUUUACGUGCUUGAAAAUACGUUGUACCGGUCUGGAGAAGAGCCGAGAGGAGCCGAGUUUUUGUUCUGGGCAGGUUUUGCGUGGGAGUAAAAAAAAUAAAUCUAAAAUCCGGAGAGGACAAAACGAGACGUGCAGUCGGUUGAAUCACUUGGAGUUUGCCAUUGCGCAAGAGAGUGGCUAUCACGUGCUUCGCAUCUAAGUAUCGCUGCAAGUGAUUGGCUGAUGCAAGAUUAGGAUUCCACCAAUCGGUUGCCACAUUUUGUUGAUGAUGUCAUCGCCUUUAUAGCCUGUCUAACAGGCAGCUCCGCUAGCUAGCACGGCGCUCCAAUAAAAGUCACGAAUCAUCGCCUCCAUGGCAGCAUAUAAGAUACAUUUCGGGCAAAUAUUGUGAUCGUGAAAGGAGGACAAGGAGUAAUUAACAGGAGAAGACGGCUAAGCCAUGCUAAAGCGGCCCUAAGCUAUCGUUAAAUGUCAUGAAGCAAAUUCUGGACUAGUUGAUUUGUCUCUUGCUGGAAAUGUAUUUGUUACAGCUGAGACCAAGCAACUAUCAAUCCAUUUUCUUAGCCGCUCAUCCUCACAAGGGUCGCGGGGACUGCUGGAGCCUAUCCCAGCUGUCAACGGGCAGGAGGUGGGACACACCCUUGAACUGGUCGCCAGCCAAUUGCAGGACACAUAGACAAUCACACCUAGGGGCAAUUUAGAGCGUCCAAUUAAUGUCGCAUGUUUUGGGGAUGUGGGAGGAAACCGGAGUGCCCGGAGAAAACCCACGCAAGCACUGGGAGAACAUGCAAACUACACACAGGUGGGGCCGGGGUUGAACCCAAGACCUCAGAACCGUGAAUCCAACGCUUUACCAGCUGAUCCACCGUGCCGCCGCAUGCAACUCUGAAAGGCAAAUGAAUGAGAGCGUGCAUCUCGAGAGGAAAAAAAUGGAAAACACAGCCAAUCACAAGACUGUCCGAAAACUGGAAAGAAUUAAGGCGGUAUCGUUAAUGUCAGCCAAAAUGAGUAAAAUAUACUUUUGAUAUCGUAGUUGUUGAGUUAUUUGUUGUUACAUAACGUCAAAGACACAAUGUAAAAUAAGGAUGAUGUCUUCAUGUGAUUAGAAAUAGUGAGAUUUUUGUAAUCUGAGCCGGAGCGCCGCACACUCUGCUUUUGUAUGCUCCGAGAGUCCGAAGGGGCUUUGCGGAUUAGUUUUUAGUGUCUGUGACGGGCAUUCGCGCCGCUGUUAUUUUGUCCCCUCGGCACAGCCGCAGUAGUAAAUCCGGCGUAGUCCCAGCUCCAACGUGUUUGUCCUACAAAAGACCCCGUCUGCACUUGCCAUACUGCUGUUUCCAUAACAAUAAUAACUUGGUAUCUGUGUGCAUGCACACUCUCGCAUAUAUGAAGCGGCUCGACGUGCGUGUGUAAUUUUCAUUGUCUACAAAUGUUAGCAACACCGCUUGGGAUUUAUAUACACUGUAUAUGCUGUUUGAUUAAAUUUUUUUUUAAAGAUGACAAACGUUUUAAACAAAACUGUGUAUGAUUUUUUUUUUUUUUGGAGGGGUAAAAUACAUUCUUUAAAAAAAAAAGAAACUACUCAGUGUUAUUAGAAGGCUGUUUUUAAAAUUCCAUACAAAAUAAUCAAAAAUAGGAUCAGAAAUAUGUCACUAUUGUUGAAGAAAUACAAAAAAAAAUUAAAUAUAAAGUGGUCUUAGUAUUAUUCAAAUGCUUUAAAA